AUGUCGGAAAUUAUAUUGAUUUUCGUAUUCAUUUAUUGUUUCUUUGUGAUAGAUGCCUCCGAUUUUUUCUCAGAACGUUGUGAAGAUAAUUGUAUUUUUACUGAAGAAUUCUUAAAUUCCAAGACACUGAAGGCGUUUCCGUCGAGUUGUAGCACUGUGUGUGCUGAUAUCAAGAUAGAUCAAAACACAAACUUGUCGGCGGAACAGCUGACUGAAGCAUUCAAGACUAUGAAAAUCAUGUGUGGAACUUUGCAUGUGUCUAAUACAAAUUAUACAAGUGGGAAGUUUCUCAAUAGCCUUGAAAUAAUGGAGUGUGAAGGAAUUGGCGGAUUCACUUGGGAGCAUAACAACGAAAUGACAGAAAUGGGAUUGACCAAUUUGAUAACAUGUUUUUGUGACAUUGAAAUCUAUUCAAACAGCAAAAUGAUAAGGUUGAACAUGCCGAAAUUGAAGAAUUUCUCUUCAUCAAACUCUACCAUAAGACAAGUUGAAAUGACUAUUCAAUACGUGUCUCCUGAAUUCUGUAUAACCAUUCAAGAAAUGCAAAUAUUCAUAUCCAACAAGAAUCUAUAUAUGAGCAGAAUGCCUGAUAAGUACUGCAAGUUCACCACGUACUCUGAUUCUGGAGGGAAGCAUUGUUUGCUCGAUGAUACUACUGAAACUACUCUAGCACCUGGCGUAAUUAUGCCUAUAAAUCGUUCGACCAAUUUCAAAGAUUUGGAAUCUGACUGUGACACGAUUUGUGGAGUUGUGGAAAUAGGGGCCGGCGAUGAAGAAAUGGUUCACAAGCUUGACAAGUUGAAGUUAUUGUAUGGAAGGUUAAUAAUCCGGGACACUGAGUUGACAUCUGUUGAUUUUCUGAGCAAUUUGGAGUAUGUAGCAUCACUGGAAGGUUUGGCUCUAUUCCAGUUUAGAUGUCCUUUAAAAACUCAAACGUCCCUUGAAACACUUAAACGUCCUUUCAAACUCUAA